CGAGGCGGCGCUGAAGGAGGGCGAGGCGGCCCCCACCCCCGGGUCAGUCUCUUCGCCUCGCACAGUGACUGCGCAGCAGUGGAGCCCGAGCUGCAGCCAUGGCUGCGAUUCGGAAGAAGCUGGUGAUUGUGGGGGAUGGUGCUUGUGGGAAAACCUGCCUCCUCAUUGUCUUCAGCAAGGACCAGUUCCCAGAGGUCUAUGUCCCCACUGUCUUUGAAAACUACAUCGCUGAUAUUGAAGUAGACGGCAAGCAGGUGGAGCUGGCACUAUGGGACACAGCCGGGCAAGAAGACUAUGACCGACUUCGGCCUCUCUCUUACCCUGACACUGAUGUCAUCCUCAUGUGCUUCUCCAUAGAUAGCCCAGACAGCCUUGAGAACAUCCCUGAGAAAUGGACACCAGAAGUAAAGCACUUCUGUCCCAAUGUACCCAUCAUCCUCGUGGGAAAUAAAAAGGACCUGAGGCAGGAUGAGCAUACCCGGAGAGAGCUGGCCAAGAUGAAGCAGGAACCUGUGAGGUCAGAGGAGGGCCGGGACAUGGCCAAUCGGAUCAGCGCCUUUGGCUACCUUGAGUGUUCUGCCAAGACCAAGGAGGGCGUCCGAGAAGUGUUUGAGAUGGCCACCCGGGCUGGCCUGCAGGUCCGAAAGAACAAGCGGCGGCGGGGCUGCCCUCUCCUCUAAGCUCCCCCCCUCCACCAAGGUCUACACACCAUUGGACUCCAUACUGCUAGUUUUUGGUCCCUUCCUGCCCAAGGCUGCAUGUGUUCUAAUGCUCUCCUGCUCUUGAGAGUAGAGAAGAUCCUUUAGGAGGACAGGGACCAUCCAUGUAUCCUGGGGGGGUGUCAGAGCUUAGCGCUUGCCUCCCAUCUGAAAUAGGACUGUGCUUUCCAUGUUGGAGAAGCAGGGGUAGGGAGUGAGGGGAAGUGGUCUUUACUGUUUAUCCUGCCCUAAGGUUCACCCACCAGCAUUUUUUUUAUGUAACUAGUUCUGGAGCCUAGUUCUUUUUCAGUGUGCCUCCCAGUGAGUGAAGCUUCCUUCCCCUCUUCCCCACCUCCCCCCCACUUUAGGCAUGGCUGAGGAUUAUUUCUCAUUGUUCUUCCAGAUGGAAGACACUCAAUAAAAUUCUAUGGGGGCUCUCAA